GGACGCGCUAGCAGCGUUAGCUCUGUGGAUGUGUGAUGGCAGCUUGAAGACGGUGGUGUGGUCGUAUCUCAGCUAAAUAUUCCAGCUGUAACGAAGCAGCGAUGUCUUCUCUUCAGUAUUUUAUUGAGUUCGUCAACCAGCGACUAACUGCUGCUGUGGAAGAAAUAUUCGAAGUCUUUGAAAAAAUCAUCGUCGAGUCCGAGGAAGAGGUCGGUCGCCUGCAGAGACUGCUGGAUAUCGCUCUGAAACCUGAAAUAAAGUUACACAGGACAGAGCUCCCACAGCAACAUGUCUGUCAGGAGGAGGAGGUUCUCAGUGACCAGCAGCUCUGGAACCAGGAGAGGAACUCCAGUCUGGACCAGGACGACCCAGAACCACCAAAGGUUACAGAGGAACAGGAGGAAACCUGCACCAGUCAGGAGGGAGAGCAGCUUGUACUGAAGCUGGAGACUGAUACCUUUAUGUUGACUCCUGAUCAUGAGGAAAGUGACCACAGUGAACCAGAACCAGACAGUGACCACCAGCUCCUCUCUCACACCUCGCCUGUAGCUGAGAGCCAAGAUCAGACAGGAAGUCAACAUGUGGACUCAAGAUCAACUGCAGAUGCACAGUCAAAGACUAAGUCUAAAACUCACACAGAUGAAAAGUCUUUCAAAUGUGACACUUGUGGAAAAGCGUUUAAGACUAAAUCUCCAUGGUAUAGACAUCUGAGAAUCCACAGAGGUGGUAAACCAUUUAUUUGCAUUACCUGUAAGAAAGGUUUCUGGUUUCGAGGUGCUUUGUUGGACCAUAUGAUUACACACACAGGUGAGAAACCAUAUCCAUGCAAAACCUGUGGUAAACGUCUCAGAAGUAGAGCAGGCUUGUUAACUCACAUGAAAACUCACACAGGUGAGAAGCCAUAUUCAUGCAAAACAUGUGGGAAGAUUUUCAGAUCUAGAUCAGGUUUGUCACUUCACAUAAGAACUCACACAGGUGAGAAGCCGUAUCCCUGCAACACGUGUGGGAAAAGAUUUAGUGACAUUUCAGCAUUCAGAAGACAUAUGAGAGUGCACACAGGUGAGAAACCAUAUUCUUGUGAAACAUGUGGGCGGUGUUUUGUCACCAGUGGGGUCUUGAAAGUCCACAUAAGAACUCACACAGGUGAGAAGCCAUUUUCAUGCAAAACAUGUGGGAAGUGUUCCACAACUAGAUCAGGUUUGUUGUCCCACAUAAAAACUCACACAGGUUAGAAGCCGUACCCCUGCAACACCUGUGGGAAAACAUUCAUUCGGUCAUCGAAUUUGUAAAAUCAUGCAAGAAUUCAUGCAGGUUACAUAAAUACAAGAGUUGUACAAAACACAUGAGAGUAUUUUCAUACUUAGUGUAUAAUUGAUGGCCCACAUGAGAGGAGCCCACGCUGGCGGAGGCCAUAUCACUGCAACACUUGAGCGAAAGCACAUAAGAUCACAUACUACUAGGAGAGCAUUUAUAUGUCGUGCUUUGUGGAGAAAACACACAUGAACUGACGGAAGUGAAGAGCCAUAAAAUUGCAACCUUUGUGGUAAAGUUUUUGUCAGAGAAUCAGUUUACACAGGAAAAACCAUACAGAUAAAACUUCAGGUUAAGGAUAAAGUUCACAACUGAAUCAAGAUGACUUUUACAAUAGCUACAUCCCUGUAAUUGAAUUCAGACCUGUCAAACUUUAUGCAGAUUAUUUUGAUCAUCUGAUUUUUUAUUUUAUUUUUUUAAUCUUACAAUAUGAGACUCACAGUCCCACAUUUAUCUAUAAUGUCCAAAUAGAGAAUCUACCCCCACCUGAAGAUGUUAAUUACACUUAUAUCCAUGAUGAGAGAGAAUGACAGACACAAAUGGUCACAUCAAGCCGCAGGCUGCACAGCGCCGCGUGUUAAAAUAGAUCUCAGUUACCCGCAGAAUCACUUCCUCUUUGGGGAUUUCUGCCUACAAAAUUGAAGCGUAAGAAAGUUCUUUUUUUACAGUUCUUGUGAGCUGUUUCUGAAAAGUUCUGACAGGACGUUCCAAAGGUUCUGUUGAUUGUUUGACAGACCUCUGAAAUAGCAGAGGUUCAAUGUGUGAUAUUGUAACAACAGGGUGCCGUUACCACACCUCAGUAGUAAAUAUUACUUUUAUUAUUAUUUAUAUGAGUAAUUGAAAUGCAUAUAGUCAGUUAUUAAGGCAACAGGGUUAAUAAACACACAGGUGGGAUUUUAGUAAUGCAUUGUUUGUUAUUUGUAGUUGCGUGCGAGCGUGUUUGCAGGGAGGACGUGUGGCUGGUCACCUGUAAACGAGUGGACGAGGCAAGUGAGUUAUGAUUUAAUAGUAUUUGGUAAUUGAAAUUAAGAAUCACAUGCUAUGCUCACUGCACAGUACUGCACAGCGUACUUAUUAAUAAGUUCCAGGAGGGCAGUAUUAAAUUGCGGAAGUGGGCAGAGGGGAGGAUGUGUAUUUGUAUUGUCUGAAUGUAUUCAUGUGGGUGUGUAAAUAUUUCUAAAGAUUUACAUACAGAUUUUUUUUAUAUAUAUAUAUAUAUAAAUCUUACAUAUAGUACAUGUAGGUAUGUGUUUAAGUUACUCUGCAAUGGGACAUGCCAGCCUAAUAGGUGAACAGACACCCUUACUCUGUUCAUUCUGUUGGAUGACUUUUUGCACGGUGCCAUGUGAGAAAAUAAAGUUUUUCAUGCUGAAAACA